GACGACACCGACGACCUAUCCCCCGAUCCUCAGUCAAGAUGGCCGACUCGCAAGUUACUCUGCGCACGCGCAAGUUCAUCCGUAACCCCCUGCUUGGCCGCAAGCAGAUGGUUGUCGAUGUCCUCCACCCCGGCCGUGCCAACGUCUCCAAGGAUGAGCUCCGCGACAAGCUUGCCUCGCUCUACAAGAUCAACAAGGACUCCGUCUCCUGCUUCGGUUUCCGCACCCAGUACGGUGGUGGCAAGAGCACCGGCUUCGCCCUGCUCUACGACUCCAACGAGGCGAUGAAGAAGUUCGAGCCUCACUACAGGCUGGUCCGUGUCGGCAUGGCCAACAAGAUCGAGAAGGCCAGCAGGCAGCAGCGCAAGCAGCGCAAGAACAGGUCGAAGGAGUUCCGGGGUACCGCCAAGAACAAGGGCGGCAAGAAGGACAAGAAAUAAGCGGAUCGCGGAUGACGGGGAUGCGGGCGAAAACGGAUUUUGUGCAGCAAGGUCAUGGCGACAGGAGGAUCGCAGCGGACUUCGUGCACUUUGCACGCCUAAUCGUCUUGCACGUCAAGAUUGCGGUUGGGAGAAAAGCUGGCGUUUUUCUAGUCUGCUGACCCAACCUGGCAUAGCAUACC